AUGGAAGGAGAUGAUCAAAAGGAGUUGCAGCUGCUUCCUUCUCCUCACCUGAUGACCUCUUCUUCAUCACAGAGGACAUCUCGACCGUCGGAUUCAUCGAUAAGAUAUCACCGGUCAUCGAAGGCAGCGGUGCAGGAUGCAUUAUUGGAAGGGCCUAAUUCCCUUGACCUGCAACUGUCAAUCAGUGUGAGGCCAAUAAGGGCAGCUUCUUCCUCAGAUCGUUGUGUUGUGUCAAAACCAGUCUGUGAUUUUGAUGUCUUCAAGCCCAAGACAGCUGGUUGUGUGGAGGCCUUGAAAUGGCAAGCAGCUGAGCAAAUCAGAUUGGCUGCAAUGGAAAAGGCCUAUGCAGAGAGAGUGAGGGAGCUGACAAGGAGAGAGAUGGAAUUGGCUCAGUCAGAGUUCACACGUGCAAGGCACAUGUGGGAGAGGGCUAGAGAAGAAGUGGAGAAAGCUGAGAGAAUGAAGGAGAAGGCAAUGCUUCAGAUGGACUCUACGUGCAUGGAGAUCACUUGCCAAUCUUGCAGACAAAGGUUUAGGCCUUGA